AUGAUUCUGCAUGAGGUUCUUAGACUAUACCCACCAGCAGUAGGACUAGGACGAAUGACACAUGAGGAAACUAAAUUAGGGGACAUGACAUUACCAACUCGAACUUUCCUCCAGUUGCAGAUUAUGCUUAUGCACCAUGAUCGUGAUAUAUGGGGUGAUGAUGUGAGCGAGUUCAAGCCUGAAAGAUUUUCUGAAGGUGUCUCGAAGGUGACCAACGGACAAACAUCAUAUCUCCCUUUUGGUGGUGGUCCACGUAUAUGUGUUGGACUGAAUUUUGCCUUGUUAGAAGCCAAAAUGGCACUUGUCAUGAUUCUGCAACACUUUUGCUUUGAUCUCUCUCCAUCCUAUUCGCAUGCUCCACAUACCAUUGUCACUCUUCAACCUCAUUUUGGGGCUCAUUUGAUUUUGCGUAAACUUUAA